UGCCCUGGUCCCUGAAUGCAGCGGCAGUGCGCAGCUCCUCCCCUCAGCUCUGCUUCCCACCCCAACUCAAAGAUACAGCCCUGGCCCUGUGUGCAUAGCUCACGUAGGCUGUGUGGGCAGGGCAGGUGCAGGUCUUGGGGCAAGAACUGGAGCUGUCUUUUCCUUCCUGCACAGCUGAUACCAGGUAGUCGGGGCUGCCUCCCUGCAAGGGCUGAGGGCCAGGCCCCCUGGGGAUUUAUUCCUGGCUUAGAAGGGCGGGACCAGAAGCAGGUGUGGUGGGGAUUAGGGAUUCAGCACCCCCAGCUCUCAGUCCAGCAGACAGACCCGCCCCAGGCUGGCCACAGAGCUGCACACCAGCAAACAGGGCAUGGUGCCAGAGGACAGAGGCAGGGCAGGGACACUUCCAUCCCAGACCUGGCAGCCCAGUACUCAGCACCGUGCGUGAGAGCCAACGGCCAGGCUCCUGGGCAUGUCGGGCCCCCGGCCUGUGGUGCUGAGUGGGCCUUCGGGCGCUGGGAAGAGCACCCUGCUGAAGAGGCUGCUCCAGGAGCACAGAGGCAUCUUCGGCUUCAGCGUGUCCCAUACCACGAGGAACCCGAGGCCCGGCGAGGAGAAUGGCAAAGGGAGGUGAUGCAGAGAGACAUAGCAGCCGGCAACUUCAUCGAGCAUGCUGAGUUCUCAGGGAACCUGUACGGCACGAGCAAGGCGGCAGUGCAGGCGGUGCAGGCCAUGAACCGCAUCUGCGUGCUGGACGUGGACCUGCAGGGCGUGCGGAACAUCAAGGCCACCGACCUGCAGCCCAUCUACAUCUCCGUACAGCCGCCCUCACUGCACGUGCUGGAGGAGCGGCUGCGGCAGCGCAACACUGAGACAGAGGAGAGCCUGGAGAAGCGGCUGGCUGCUGCCCGGGCCGACAUGGAGAGCAGCAAGGAACCGGGCCUGUUUGAUGCGGUCAUCAUUAACGACAGCCUGGAGCAGGCCUACGCGGAGCUGAAGGAGGCGCUGUCUGAGGAAAUCAAGAAAGCUCAAAGGACCGGCGCUUGAGACUUGCUCUUUCUUCUCCGUAACCCGGGUGCAUACGGGAUCAGGGCAGCAGCACUGAGCAGCCCCCUUGGCAGGCCCUACGGCAGCUCUGUGCCCUUGGCUGGCAUGUGGAGCAGAGGGGAUGCAUCUCCCAUGGUUGGACCAUGCUGGGGUGACCCCAACCCAGCCGCACCUGGCUGUCCCUCAAACGCUGGACCCGGGGCUGACAUGCUAAUAAAAUAAUGAUUGGA